AUGAAGGGGCUCUUUUCGCCUCGCCGCGGCAAUGGGGCUCCCACCAAUCUUGCGCCCGCGCCCGCGCCAAAGAAGGACCUUCAAACGCCACAAAUAUCCCCUCUAGAAAAGCGUCUGCAGGACAUGGGCCCGAUCCGGGGUGACGGGAGUGACAAGUUCUUCGGCAUGGAGAAUUGCCUCUAUUACUCCGUUCCCUUCCGCGAGGCCGUGAUCAACUACCCGCAGCGGACCCCGGUUGAGACCCUCGAGGCGGCCAUGGCUCAGAAUCUCAAAUUCCAAAACCCCAACGCGCACCUCGAAGCCGAGGCCCUGGCGGCCAAGCAGAAGGCAGCCGCAUCGGCGCCGUCGGCGCGCCAAGCGGGCGUCACUCCAAAUCAGCCGCAGAAGCCCGAAGACAAAGAUUCACCCGAGUACAAGAAAAAGGUCGCGCUCCAGACCUUGCCAUUGAUGGACACUAAGAGCAAUGCGGAGAGCUAUGGCAUGUCUGAGUCUCUGUUCACGUCGCUCAAGGACAUCUUUGAGUCACUUGUCGCCAGUCAGACGCGCAUUGGCGUGACUCGACCACAGCAGUUCCUGGAGGUCUUGCGCCGGGAGCACGAGAUGUUCCGGACCGCCAUGCAUCAGGAUGCCCACGAGUUCUUGAACUUGCUGCUCAAUGAAGUCGUGGCGAAUGUGGAGGCGGAGGCGACGAAACAGGCCUUCAGUGACAAGGCCAUCCCCCCACCCCCAUCGGAAAGCGCCGAAUGGGUGCAUGAGCUCUUUGAGGGAACGUUGACCUCCGAGACCAAGUGCCUGACCUGUGAGAAGGUCUCACAGCGCGACGAAGUCUUCUUGGACUUGUCCGUCGAUCUGGAACAGCACUCUUCCGUCACGGCCUGUCUGCGAAAGUUUUCCGCCGAGGAGAUGCUCUGCGAGCGCAACAAAUUCCACUGCGACAACUGCGGUGGUCUGCAAGAGGCCGAGAAGCGCAUGAAGAUCAAGCGUCUGCCACGGGUGUUGGCUCUCCAUCUGAAACGCUUCAAAUACACCGAGGACCUGCAGCGACUACAAAAGCUCUUCCACCGGGUCGUCUACCCUUACCAUCUGCGUCUGUUUAAUACCACGGACGAUGCAGAGGAUCCCGAUCGGCUGUAUGAGCUGUACGCCGUCGUGGUUCACAUUGGCGGUGGGCCGUACCAUGGUCAUUACGUGGCAAUUAUUAAGACGGAGGAUCGUGGCUGGUUGCUCUUUGACGACGAAUUGGUCGAACCGGUCGACAAAAACUACGUUCGCAAUUUCUUCGGGGACAAACCAGGCCUGGCUUGCGCCUACGUGCUCUUUUAUCAAGAAACGACGCUCGAAGCUGUGAUGCGAGAACAGGCACAGGAGGAUGCCGCGACGGGUGCGGCGGCUGCCGCAGCGGCGGCGGCCGUCGAGACCGGUGACCUGGGAAAGUCCAACGGGUACUUGGCAUCGCCCAACAAUCUAAUGCAAGUCCACAGUGCCAGUUACAUCCCCUCCGACGAGCCACACCGCCUUCUCCCUAUCAGUAAGACGACAACGGCACCCCAGCUGGAGCCUCAUUAUGAGCAGGCCGAAUCCGAUGCAUCUUCUCACCAGCACCAUGUGCUGCCAUCUCAGGCCCCCCUGCCGCCGGUGCCAGAUGAGCGACUGCCGAUCCUGACGGCGAAAAAGAGCGAUGUGCAAUCGAAGAAGGAAAAGGCCCGAGAGGAGAAGGAACGUCGAGCAGCGGAAAAGGAGCGGGAGAAGAGCGAAAAGGCCCGCCGCAAAGAGGUCGAACUGCAGCACCAGCUGGACGUCAAGCGGGAAGCGGACGAACUGCGACGUGCAAUUGAGGCGAGCAAGGCGGAUGCGCCGUCCGAUCAAGGCGAGAAUGGCUCCCCGCGCAAGUCAUCCAGCUUCAAUUUCCUUCGACGUGGCAGCCGGAGUCUGAGUCACCGUCUCAGCAAGGAUAAGGAUUCCCGUGGCUCCGUGUCAGACCUGGCGCCGCUGACGGUACCCGAGACCCCAGUCAGCGAAGACGCGGCGACGACGGACCCGGAGCCCUUUUCGCCUCGAGAUCCUCUGUCACCGAAAGAUGCGUCGCCGGGUUCCCGGCCAUCACUGGCUUCGCGUGUGACGAUGACUCCUCCGAUUCUCAAGGAGGUGAAGGAGAUUAGAAACGAGAAGGCUGGCCAUACACACCGAUGGCGGUCUCUCAGCUUCAGAAAGACGUCAUGA